AUCAUCACCUCCUGACUGGACCCUGCCGCGGUGCACAGGCGUUCACCAGUUCGCGCUGUACAUAUCGUCGCCAUGCCCAAGACCCGCUCAUUACGCUCACUCGUUAUUGGCAACACCGGCCGCAGCGUCGACCCUGGUCCGCCCUCCCCAACGUUGUCCGAGGCAACCAAUGUUUCGGCCCUCAACUUCGGUUCUGACGGCCCCUCGAAGAUUAUCACCAGGAACAACCUCAAAGCGAGCUUGCAGGCGUACGAGAACCUUAUCAACACAUGCGCGAAUUACCGCGCGGUGUUAAUGACGCUUUCGAAGGCUACGGCCGCCUUCGCGGACGCGAUGCAAACUUGCUCUACGCUCAAAGGGCCAUCUUAUGAGGCCGGCACCAGGCUGCAAGCUGCGUCAGGGUUGCAUCACCUGAUGGGGAAUCAUUGGCAUGUGUUGGCCGAGACGUUAGACAAGAGCUUCGAGAAGCCGUUACGAACACAUCUCACUGAAUACCGCACGGCAGUGACGGAACGUUCCACGUCGUAUGAGAGGGCACUGCGCGAAAAGAGCAGGAUCAUCCGUGAAACGGAGAUGAGUCAGAUGAAGAAGAAGGGUCGCAAUCUACAGAGUUUCAGAGAGGCUCUAGCAGUCCUUCAGCGUCAGGUUGAUGAUCUGGACGAGUUGAAGGUCAACCACUAUCAAGAAAUUGUUGAACACGAGGAAGAGGUAUGGGACUUUGUCCAGGGAAAGGUAACGCAUGCUGUCAGGACGACGAUGGAUGUGUUCGACCGUUUCACGGCAAAGUCCUCUGAUCCCGUCAUCGAACACAUGCUGCAAGCCGUUCCUGACCCAUUUGAUUCUUACGGCCCACCUCCCGGAGAAGACCAGAUAUUCAGCAUCCUCCCGCCGCUUUCCAUCAUUGGCAAUCCUACUCCGACUCCCUCCGCCUCUGUCUCACAACUCACCACGCCCGUGAUGGAGCACGCCACGCCAUUGACGACUCCAGGUUGGGCGACCGUCGAGCCGUGGGCGGACGUGCGUUCGAACUCACCAUCAUCACCGCCGUCUACUUCCAAUCCUGUGUCGCCGCAAUCGGCGUCUCCUAGGUCAAUCUCCCCACGCCCCAGGUCUCCGCCAGCUGGUGUGCCCCGGCGCAACCCUGGCCACCAACAACGCAAGUCGGGAGACACGAAAAUGCGCAACGUACUGUCCGUCAUCGACGAGAGUUCUGGUUCGAGGGCACGCGAGGAUCGUGCAUCGGAUACAGGAAGCGACAUCACCGUCAAUGGCGAUUCACAGAGAUCUACUUGGACGCCGUUUGGGCUCGGCUUGGAGACUGCGGCGGGAUCAGAAGGAGACCCCGACCAAGCGCCGCACAGCUCCAUGUUUCCGUCCCUCGUGAACACGGCGAGCCCAUACCUGCCAUCACCGAAUGGGGACGGCGCUCAGGAACAGAACACCGGCCACGAACGGGAGCGCAGCGUGACCCCCGUUUCCUCGUAACAGUCCAUAUUUAACUGACCUGUCUUACAUGUACCGCCUUGAUCUUCCGCUUCGAUUUCCAUGUACAUACCGAUUUCAC